GAUGCGAACGAUAGCCUUUGAAAGAUUUUUUCCGAAAAAUCGAUCAUUAACGAAUAGUAAAAACGUGGUAAACGAGUCAAAGUAACGAGUGUGUCGAAGUUGGUGUGAAAAGCGCGACGAAAUAUUGAAAUGCGAGUUUAUAACUAGUAAUAAAGUUCGAAAUAAUAAACGGAUUGUCUUAGUGUGCGUGAGGGAAGUGAGUGUUGAAAUUUCGGGAAGAAGAAAAUAAACAACGUAUCGGUUUUGGUUGUGAUUUGAUUUGCGGGAUUAAAAUUAUCUACAGGAUUAAUGCUGCUAAUAUAGUAUAUUCGCAACCAAAACAAAGAUUAAAUUCUAAAACGUAUAAUGAAGUGAAUUUUACAACGAACACUUAAGUAGUGCAUGACGUACGAGAACUCAAACAUUACCUAGUGACGAUGUGCUACAUCACUAAAUCGAUGACCAUCAUCAUAACACUAUACUCCGUGUCGCUGGGUGAUCCUAAUGUACCGAGUGACCAGUAUUAUAAUGACGUUCGUAGACCUUCACGCGAAAUAUUCCUGAAAAAGCAAGGUUAUGUGCAGGGGAUGAUCGUGAGGCCGCGAAACUCCGAACUGCCUUGGGUGGAAGUGUACAGGGGGAUACCAUACGCCGCGCCACCUAUAGGACACUUAAGGUUUAUGCCACCAAGCAGCACUUUAUAUACCUGGCAAGAAACAAAGUACGCGUACGAAUUUGGACCUGUGUGUCCACAAAAAUUUCCAGACGAGUCCACAAUGAUAGAAGAAAGGAAGCGAUACUUUUUGAGGUUGAAGAAGUAUUUACUCAACGAGAGCGAAGACUGUUUAUAUUUGAAUAUUUAUGCACCUUACCAAG